CGCGCCCCGCAGAGACACGUUCACAGUGAAACCAAUGAGAGUGAAGGGGAUUUCCCCACCCUUCCUCUACGCCACAGCGAGGCUGCCCUCCACCACCGGCAAUCCCAGUAUGCACCGCGGACAGAGCAGCAAAAAAUAGUCCGCUAACGAAAGGCUGAGAAAAAGGAACCAGAAAAGGAUAGCUCACAAGCUAAAUUCACGAUUUAGAUUGUAUUUACCGCAACUAAAACUGCGAACAUGGCUGACAACGAGAAACUGGACAACCAGCGGCUGAAGAAUUUCAAGAAUAAGGGCCGUGAUUUGGAGACUAUGAGAAGACAGAGGACUGAGGUAGUGGUGGAACUCAGAAAGAACAAAAGAGAUGAGCACCUUCUGAAGAGACGAAAUGUGCCCCAUGAGGACAUCUGUGAGGACUCUGACGUUGACGGAGACUUCCGAUCGCAAAACACUUCCCUUGAAGCAAUAGUACAAAAUGCCACCAGUGAUAAUCAGGGCGUCCAGCUGAGUGCUGUUCAGGCUGCCAGGAAGUUGUUGUCCAGUGACCGUAACCCUCCCAUUGAUGACCUGAUUAAAUCUGGGAUCCUUCCUAUACUGGUCCACUGUCUGGACAGAGAUGAUAACCCGUCUCUCCAGUUCGAGGCAGCCUGGGCUCUCACCAACAUCGCGUCUGGGACCUCGGAGCAGACCCAGGCCGUGGUCCAGUCCAAUGCUGUGCCUCUGUUCCUGAGGCUGCUUCACUCCCCUCACCAGAACGUGUGUGAACAGGCGGUCUGGGCCCUGGGCAACAUCAUAGGUGACGGCCCUCAAUGCAGAGACUACGUGAUCAGCUUGGGCGUGGUGAAGCCCCUGCUCUCUUUCAUCAGUCCCUCCAUCCCCAUCACCUUCCUGCGCAAUGUCACCUGGGUCAUGGUCAAUCUGUGCCGCCAUAAGGACCCUCCACCACCCAUGGAGACCAUCCAGGAGAUUCUGCCGGCGCUCUGUGUGCUGAUCCACCACACUGAUGUCAGCAUCUUGGUAGACACAGUGUGGGCUCUGUCCUAUCUGACGGACGCUGGGAACGAGCAGAUCCAAAUGGUCAUCGACUCUGGCAUCGUCCCUCAUCUGGUCCCUCUGCUCAGUCACCAGGAGGUCAAAGUUCAGACUGCUGCUCUGAGGGCCGUGGGGAACAUAGUGACCGGCACAGAUGAACAGACCCAGGUGGUGCUCAACUGUGACGCUCUCAGCCACUUCCCCGCACUCCUCACACACCCGAAGGAGAAAAUCAACAAGGAGGCAGUGUGGUUCCUGUCCAACAUCACAGCCGGCAACCAGCAGCAGGUGCAGGCUGUCAUCGAUGCCAAGCUCGUCCCCAUGAUCAUCCACCUGCUCGACAAGGGUGACUUUGGCACUCAGAAGGAAGCCGCCUGGGCCAUCAGCAACCUGACAAUAAGUGGCAGGAAAGAUCAGGUGGCGCACCUGAUCGAGAAGCAGGUGAUCCCUCCGUUCUGCAACCUGCUGGUGGUGAAGGACGCUCAGGUGGUGCAGGUGGUCCUCGACGGCCUCAGCAACAUCCUCAAGAUGGCAGACGAUGAGGCCGAAACCAUUGCUAACCUUAUUGAGGAAUGCGGCGGUUUGGAAAAAGUAGAGCAACUGCAGAAUCACGAAAAUGAAGAUAUCUACAAAUUGGCAUACGAAAUUAUUGAUCAAUUCUUCUCUUCUGAUGAUAUUGAUGAAGACACCAGCCUGGUCCCAGAAGCCAUCCAAGGUGGAACUUACGGCUUCAACUCUGCCAACGUGCCAGCCGAGGGAUUCCAGUUCUAGACGGCAUCUGGGGUAUUCUGGAGUUUUGUUCACGAUGCAGCACUCUGUUCAACAUAAAAAAAUUAGGAGAGAAAGAGCGAAAGAGAGCGAGUGUGAGAAAUUUGAUCCAUUGUGCUUGGCUCGUGGGAUCCAUGGCUGCAUCUUAUCUGAGAGAAAAAUGUGUGGAUUUCAUUUGGCCUUCCAGGGCAACCAGCCCAGAUGAAGGUUGAGAUGGCGAGUGGGUGCGAGUGAGAAUGAGUGGCUACAUGUUGCAAAAAAAGCAAAACAUCUACAUCGAAUGCGUUGAGAGACAUGCCGACAUAACUUCUGUGUUAUUGGAGCUGUCGCCUUCGGAAAACUACUUCAAACGACAACAAAAAAACUUGCCCGGGGAGAACCAAGGACAUCCAAAAAUAACAAAUCAAGAGAUCUUGACAUAUUCCGAUACAACCGAAAAUAACUAAUUUUGAACUGAGAUGAACCACGAACCAUCACAAUUCUACGGUCCUCCGAAAAGAGAGGGUGCCACCCUCAACGUGCCCCUCCCCCAAUCGGCCACGCUAUCAGACAUGUGUGUGAAUGGACCCAUUGUGUAUGAAUGUCUGGACUCAGUGCUGAGGAGCCAGGUUCAUCUCCUCCAACGAAACGCCCCGACAGGGCACCAUCCUCUCCCUCUGGUGGGCGGGGCCAGGAGUCCGGCUGCGCGUGUCGCAUGUGCGAGAGAAUGGACGGAUGAGUUGUUGUGUGCUUGGCUGCGUGCGUGACUGGGAGUAUGCAAGACUGGGUGAGAGCGCAUGCAGAGAAAUUCAAUUACAACAUCUGAAGAGAAACAAAAUUGCAACAAUGAAGUUAGCAAAGGUUUCAGGAAAAGAAAUUCUGCCUUUGAAAGAGAGGCUGAUCCACAAAUCCCUGAAAGGAAGAACUUUGGAAAUGAAAAAAAAAAAUCAUCGUCAUCACAAGGAUUCUUUUUCUGUUUUGAAUUAUUGUUAAGUUAGUAUUAAUUGACACUGGACAAUGCUAUUGGCAGGUGUGGAGCAGCAGUGCAUUGUAUUAAGAUGCAUUUGGUGGCUUUUGGGCUUUUUCUUUUUGCCUCCAGUGUGUUCCUUUUUAUGAUAUUUUUUAUUUUCAGCUUUUAGUUUCAUUGCUUCUGUAAAGGUAAUUGACGACGAUGGUAAUCCACCCUCACCUAGGCACCAGACAUGGGCUUGAUGCUGUGAAACUGACACCAUCACUAAUCAAACGACCUGUUCCCGUCACCUCAUUAUUCUCCCCUCAAUCUACAGCAAAACCACUGCUUUGCAGUAUCGUUGCCAUAGCUUUGACUUAUCACAAAGGGAGAAGAGAACAAUGGCCAUUUCACGUAGGAUUGUGAAUCAUAACCUUUGCAUGUACUAAACUAUAGCACAGUUAUUUUUUAGGGUAUUUUAGUUUCCUUAGACUGUGGAUACAGUGUAAUUUUCAUUUUAAGUAAAACUGUGCUUAAAUGUUACAUGUUUCCCUUUCCCUUUCCCUCACUAGUGUCCGAUUUGCUAAAUAAUCUAUGGUUUUGCACAUGUACUGCAAAGUGAGGCCUGAAGGCAUGUUGGUGGCUUUCAUAGGUUUUGACCUGCCAACAACAUCCUACAAUAUGCAUCACUCAACCACAAUCUUUGUUGUCUUUCUAGAGUAAUCCAAUGAUGCUUUUUAGUGAUACUUGAGAAAAAAAUAAGGACUUUAUUUCAGGAGCAGCAGGAAAGGAUCUGCUAAUGUAUCUCAGCUAGACAAAGAGAGGAUUUAGCCUCCUUUUUCUCAAGGUCAAAAGGUGUCCCACACGUCAGACUGGAGUUGUCCAAAGUGGGUUCUCCGGAGUAAUAAAUAACCCAUGAACAAGUUUGCUGUACCUUUUUAGUACCUUGCAGAGUCAUUAGCCCCAUACUACUCUUCCCUCUUAUACCAGCUAGGUGUACAAGCUUACCCUUUCCAUUUUUUGUGUUAACUUCAAACACUGUAGUAAAUGAUUACACAUUGUGCUCAUAAACCUUCUGUUGAACAUAGGGGUCUUUUUUUUGCAGCAUUCCUUGUUAGCAAACAUGUGGUUUCAAAUCUGAAAUUAUGAUAUGGAAGGUAUAAAAAGGUGGUUUGCCCAAAAACCUUUUUGGGAGAUAGGCUACAGGAUAGGUUGUCUUCAAGAAAAUAAAUAGUGAAACCCAAA